AUGCAGCGAAUACUCCCAGCUCUGCGGCGAGACGGAAUCGCGCGCCAUCUCGCUAAAAGCACAUUGACAAGACGGUUCGCAACGCACCAAGGUUCCUCAGUGCUUUUCGGCGUAGACUACGCUCGUCAGAUCCGCGACCUUGAGGUCGUGAAAGGUGGCUCAACUCGACCACUCACAUUGACCGAGAAACUACUCUACUCACACUUAAUCACGUCGGAGAAAAGCUCCUGGGAUGUAGAGCGCAUUGACCGGGGGAAGACUAUCUUAGAACUGCGGCCUGACCGUGUAGCGUGCCACGAUGCUACAGCGACAAUGGCUCUUUUGCAAUUCAUCAGUGCGGGACUUCCACGAGUCGCGGUUCCCACGACGGUACACAGUGACCACUUGAUCAUCUCGGAGAAAGGCGCCGAGGAAGACAUGCGUCGCGCUCUGGGUGAGCAUUCGGAAGUGUACGAUUUCCUCAGCAGUGCGUCUCGGAAAUACGGUAUUGGGUUCUGGAAGCCAGGCUCGGGCAUUAUACACACCGUGAUUUUCGAGAAUUAUGCUACACCCGGAGGCCUCAUUAUUGGGACGGAUUCUCACACCCCCAAUGCCGGAGGAAUGGGCAUGCUAGGGAUUGGGGUUGGCGGCGCAGAUGCCGUCGAUGCGAUGUCAGGGAUGCCCUGGGAGCUUGUGGCCCCCAAGGUGGUUGGAGUGCGCUUGACAGGGCAACUGAAGGGAUGGACGUCAACAAAAGAUAUUAUCUGCAAGAUUGCGGGUCUAUUGACAGUAUCGGGUGGGAAAGGUCGAGUUAUCGAGUUCUUUGGUCCAGGGACCCAGACACUGGGAGCAACGGCCAUGGCGACCAUUUGCAACAUGUCAGCAGAGAUCGGGUCAACAUCGUGCAUCUUCCCAUACAAUGACGCGAUGGGUCGGUAUUUGAAGGCCACUCAACGAGCACACGUUAUUGAAAAGGCGCAGGAAGCAAGGAACGUGCUCCUGACGGCCGACGAGGGCUCCGACACCUACUAUGACCAGGUUAUUGAGAUCGAUCUCAGCUCGCUAGAACCCCACGUCAAUGGCCCAUAUACACCCGACCUCGCGCAUCCGAUAUCCAAGUUGAAGACAGCUUUCAUUGGGGAGCAAUGGCCGGUGGAGCUAAGUCAUGCCAUGGUAGGCAGCUGCACCAAUAGUUCGUACGAGGACCUCGACAAAACACGGCAGAUUGUAUCACAGGCGCGCCAGGCAGGGUUUAAAAAAUUCCCAACGCCGUUCAUGGUCACACCUGGCAGUGAACAGAUUCGGGCUACAGCGGAGGCAGAUGGCAUUCUCGAUGAACUUAGAGACGCCGGAGCUGUCGUGCUCAGCAGCUCAUGUGGCCCUUGCGUCGGAUCCUGGGAUCGCAAAGAUGUCGAUGUGCGUGGCAAGGAAAAGAACUCGGUCGUAUCCAGCUUCAAUCGCAAUUUUAUUGGACGCCAUGAUAGCAACCCCUCGACGCACUCGUUUGUGACCUCACCCGAGUUGACGACCGCGUUUGCCUAUGCAGGUCGACUGGAUUUCAAUCCUCUGACGGACACCGUCACGGUCCCCGGCGACACGCACAAAGAGCUGCGCUUCCUUCCCCCUGUCAGUCACGAGCUCCCUCCGAGUUUUGAAACUGGGAACGAUACCUUCCAGGAGCCCUCCAUAGACGGGUCAAACUUGAACGUGGAAAUACGCCCGGAAUCCGACCGACUACAACUACUCCAGCCAUUCGAGGCCUGGAAACCCGGAUGCGCUGAUGGAAUGGAGUUACUCAUCAAAGUGAAGGGGAAGUGCACGACUGAUCACAUAUCUCCUGCUGGGCCGUGGUAUAAAUACCGGGGUCACCUCGAGAACAUCAGUAACAACAUGCUCACAACCGCUACCAACGCGUUCCUGGGAGCAGAGAAUCCAAAUUUGCUCGGCCAUACCCGCCAUCCGAUCACUUCAGAUAUGCAGGUCGUUCCCCAAGUAGCUCGGGACUUGAAGCGCCAGGGUGUGCGAUGGUGCAUAGUAGGAGACCACAACUACGGUGAAGGCAGCUCGCGUGAACAUGCAGCGCUUGAACCCCGUUAUCUGGGAGGAGUCGCAGUAAUCGCACGCUCAUUUGCACGAAUCCACGAAACCAACCUAAAGAAGCAGGGUAUGCUGCCGCUGACAUUUGCGGAUAUCGCGACAUAUGAUCGCAUUGCUGACGGUGACCGGAUAACUUUGAUCGGAGUAGAGGAGGGCGAGCUGAGCCCUGGAUCGCGAGUAACGAUGCGAGUCGGAACCAAGCAGGGCGACACCUGGGAAGCAGAGCUGACGCACAGCUACCACGGCGGGCAAAUCCCAUGGCUCCGGGCUGGCAGCGCCCUCAAUCAUAUCAAAGCCACGGCUCUAGCGCAAUAG